AUGCCGAAUGCAAGAGGUAUUGUCGUCUUUGUGGCUCUCUCUAGCUCUCUCUCUCUCUCUCUCUCUCGCUUAAUCUUUUUUCCUCAUUUCUCGAUUCAAUCACCCGCUCCGAGCAUGAGUAAUGACGAAAAAACUUGUCCUCUCUGUGCCGAGGAGAUGGAUUUGACUGAUCAGCAGCUGAAACCUUGCAAGUGUGGUUAUGAGAUUUGUAUUUGGUGCUGGCAUCACAUUAUGGAUAUUGCUGAGAAAAAUGAGACGGAAGGACGGUGUCCAGCAUGUCGCGCUCCUUAUAACAAGGAAAAGAUCGUUGGAAUGGGAGCAAAGUGUGAAAGGUUGGUUUCAGAUAUGAAUAUAGAGAAAAAGCUGAAAUCACAAAAGGGAAAGAGCAAAACAUCUGAAGGGCGGAAGCAACUUAGCAGUGUACGAGUGAUCCAAAGGAAUCUUGUUUACAUUGUGGGGUUGCCUCUUAAUCUAGCAGAUGAGGAUCUUCUCCAAGGCAAAGAAUAUUUUGGUCAGUAUGGAAAGGUGCUGAAGGUAUCUCUGUCACGGACAUCUGCCGGUGCUAUACAACAUUUUGCACAUAGUACAUGCAGCGUAUAUAUUACUUAUUCGAAGGAAGAGGAAGCAGUUCGGUGUAUCCAGUCAGUACAUGGAUUUGUUUUGGAGGGUAGCUCUUUAAAGGCUUGCUUUGGCACAACUAAAUACUGUCAUGCGUGGCUGAGAAAUGUGCCCUGCAUCAACCCAGAUUGUCUAUAUUUGCAUGAGAUUGGUUCACAAGAAGAUAGUUUUACUAAGGACGAAAUAUUAUCGGCGUACACAAGAGUUCAGCAUAUCACUGAUGCCACGAAUAGUAUGCAACGCCGUUCGGGAAGUAUGUUACCUCCACCAGCAGAUGAAUACUUCAAUAACAGCUCCGCUUCUUCAGGAAAGCCUUCAAAACAAACUGCUACUUGUACAAAUAAUUCAGUGAGCAGUGUUGGAGCUCCGGCACCCAAUAGUGGAUCCGCUUCUCUUCCUGCUGGAGCCUUGUGGGGAAUUCGCGCUUCCAAUUGUCAGCCCACAUCCACAAGUAUACUGUGUUCCACUGGAACACUUAAGCAGAAACCUGAUGGAUGCAAUGGUCCAGUGACAUUUUCUACUUCAGUUGCAAGCCCAAGUCAGGUUUCUACAUUGCAUAGUGAUAGUGGAAAGAAGUUUGAUCCCAGUGAAGAAAGCAACACAACUCAACAAAAUAGCAAUCUGGAAACUGUAGAACCUGUUAAAAAUGAAUUAAGAACAGAUAGCAUAAAUACUGCUUCUGAGAGUUUUUCCACGUCUACACUUCCUGUUACUUCACCUAUAAACAGGCAGCUAGAUGGCCAACAUAUGUCUGAGAAUAAGGAUGGAAACAUUGAGAAUGUAUCUUCUAAUAUUAUGUCAACAAGCAUUGCUAGACAUAAACAAUUGCAGAAUGGCUACUCUGAGCACCUUAGAGAACCAUUGACUUCUCAGCCGCCUGGAAAAUCUGCAAAUUCGACUGAUGAGGUUUUUGUCGCAGAUAUUGAGUCAGAUCUGAGAUCGGGAAUGCAGACAGAAGUUCUUCAAAUUGACUCAAAUGAGAUUCUAGCUGAUUUGUUAUCUUUUGAUAGCAAAAGACUCGAGGAUCCUGAGGUUGCUGCUAAUAGAAGGCAUGUACCAGAUUUCUCACACUCUUCUGGUCUUUCAGAGCAUUCUAAUAUUCAUUUUUCACAGCAUAAUAUUUCGGAUGGUGCAAUCAGUGUUGACCUGGAUGGGAAACUUGUGAAUAGAAAAGACAAUUUGAUAGUUUCAGCUUUGGGCGGUCCUAUUAUGUCUAAUGGACAUUCUAAUAAUCUGAUCAAUACUUCUGAGUUUGUUAAUAAUGAUAAAUAUUCUUAUUCGUUUCCAAACAAGGAUAAUGGAUUGUUUGUAGGAAGAUUUGAAAGGGAAGUAGCCAGUGGAGGCCGUGAUGCUGCAGAUGAUAUUAGGGAGAGCAGAAUAAUAUCGAAUAUCUUGUCACUAGACUUUGACUCAUGGGAUGAGCCGCUGACUUCACCUCAGAACCUGGCUAAGUUGUUGGGUGAAACGGAUAAACAGCAAGGGUCAUUCGGAGUGCCAAGUACAUUGAAAGUUCAGAGUAUCAAUCAAUCAAGGUUUUCUUUUGCUAGAGAGGAGGAACCCAGGAGACAAGCAUCUAACUUUGGACCGUCUAUCAAUUAUGUCGAGCAAUCCUUUAAACAGCUCCCUUUUGUACAUGAUUCCACCACCAAGAACUUCCAUCUUGAGAAGUUUGGUAACUCCAAUGGUUUCUCAGCAUUUAAUGGUGUGGAAUCAGAUAUUUUUGCCAGCAGUCAUUCUAAUUUAUCUUCUAACAAGCUUUUAGUUUCAAAACCUCAGGUAUGUGCUCCUCCAGGGUUUUCGGUUCCCAGUAGGCCACCACCCCCAGGCUUUACUUAUUAUGAGAGGGCAGAGCAGAUUUCGGACACACACUCUGGAAAUCAUCAUGGACUUGAUGCUUCAUUGUUUAGGAAUCAGUAUCAAAAACCACCAAGCGGUCAUACAAUCGAUAAUGGAGACAUUGAGUUUAUGGAUCCUGCAAUUUUGGCAGUUGGCAAGGGGAUGCUGCCAGGUGGUCUGAACAGCCCAAGCUUAGACAUGAGAUCAAAAUUUUCUCCUCAAGUCACAUUUGAAGAAUCAAGAUUGCAAUCUUUGAUACAAAGAUCUCUUCCUUUGCAUCAGAACCAGAGAUUCGCUGACGUGGAGGGUGGUUUUUCGUCACUUGGGAAUGCUUAUGGAAUUCCUUCUGGGGUUAUGGAGCAAAGAUUAGUCAACAAUCUGUCUCCCUUUUCUCAAUCCGCUAUCCCUCAGUCCAGAAAUGCAAUAGCGUCCAAUGGUCAAUGGGAUGGGUGGAAUGAGGUGCAGGGUGGAAAUAAAUUGGGUAUGGCAGAUCUACUCAGGAAUGAGAGAUUGAGAUAUGCUAAACUCUACAGUGGACAUGAAAAUUCAAAGAUCUGCAUGCCUAGUUCAGGCGAUCUUUAUAAUGGGACAUUUGGGAUUUAA